UCCAGGUGUAGCAGGGCUGGGCUCGGCAGCCCACCGCCCUGGGUAACGCCCGGCGAUUCUGCUUUUUCUUCCCUGCUAUAAAUAGCGAUGGCGUCCGCUUCUGCUCCGGCCGGUGUUACCAUUGCGUCGGCCACAUAGCGACCCGUCGCCGGAAGGGGUUGGUUCCAAAUGGAAGCGGUUCCCACGAACCACAUCGCCACUGACCACUCCGCCCUCCCACUCCGCCGCCGGCGCCGGCGCCGCCGCCCUCUCGCUCGCCCAUCCAAGCGCGUCAGGAACCGGUCGGGACAUAUCCGCGCCAAGGGCGAGGACUACCUCCCCGCCGUCUCACCUCCUCCUCUCGCGAACAGCAGCGCCAUUGAAGCCGAGGAUUCCGCCAAUGCCCCUCCUCCGGCGCCGUGGAGGGCGCCGGACCCGCGAGGCCUGGCGUACGGGAUAGUGUCGCUGAUGGGGCGACGGAGAAACAUGGAGGACGCGGCGGUGGCAGUGACGGGGCUCGCUGCCGGCCCACACGGGUAUUUCGCGGUGUACGACGGGCAUGGGGGCGCGAUGGUGGCGCAGGCGUGCUGCAACAGGCUGCAUGUGGCGGUGGAGGAUGAGGUGCGGCGCCGGGCGGUAGCCGAAGACGGAGAGGGAGUGGAGGCGUGGAAGCGGGCGAUGGUCGCGGGGUUCGCGAGGGUGGAUGCGGAGGUUAUGGCGGAGACCAGAGAGCUGCGAAUUGGAUUGGUGGGCUCGACGGCGGUGGUGGCGGUGGUGACGGAGAAGUGGAUUAUUGUGGCCAACUGCGGCGACUCCAGGGCGGUGCUCUUCCGCGGCGGGGUGGCCAUGCCCAUGUCCUCCGAUCACAAGCCUGACAGACCAGAUGAGCUUAGAAGAGUAGAAGCUCUUGGAGGGAAAGUCUUGUACUGGGACUGUCCUCGGGUCUUAGGAGUACUUGCAACAUCUAGAUCCUUCGGAGACUACUUUCUCAAGCCAUUUGUGAGCUCUGAACCUGAAUUCGCUGUGAUCGAACGAUCCGAUGAAGACCAAUUCCUUAUCCUAGCGAGCGACGGGUUGUGGGAUGUGAUGUCAAACGGCAUGGUAUGCAGAGUGGUCAAGAAAUGCCUGGAAGAGAAGCCAUCUGAUUCUGAUAAUGCUGCUCUUGAUGGAGUGUCUCAUUCUGCUGUCAGAGAUGCGGCUGGCUUGUUGGCGAGGCUUGCUAUUUGUCGAGGGAGUGAUGACAACGUCACUGUGCUGCUCGUGGUGUUCUAGGACUUGUGUGGCUGCCUGUGAGCUCUAAAUAAUUGCUCAUUGAUCACAGCCAUUGCUUCAGGCUGUCUGCUUUGAUACUAACCUCAAUUUUAGGUUACUGAUUCCAUUGCCUCAUUAGACUUGCUGUAGUUGCUUUUGGUGGACAAGGACUUCAUAAAGGGUUAGUGUUCAAACUGUACAAAA